UGGUAGAUGAGUUAAUAACACGGAGGGGAAAGCGAAGGAGGUAGUGGCUGCCUCUUGAAGGAUCUGUGCUCAGUGCGUGCCUACUUGAAGGAAAGGAAAUAGAAUUCGGUUGUGUUGGAGCAAAGACUAUCCAGACCGUGGCAGGAGUAUUCUUGUUUUCACAGUUGAGGGCAGCAAAGUAAAGCAGGAUGUCCGUGGAUCCGAUGGCCUAUGAGGCCCAGUUCUUUGGCUUCACACCACAGACUUGCCUGCUGAGGAUCUACAUAGCAUUUCAAGACCACCUGUUUGAAGUGAUGCAGGCUGUUGAACAGGUUAUCCUAAAGAAGCUGGAGGGCAUCCCAGACUCUGAGAUUAGCCCUGUCCAAAUUCGUAAAUGCACAGAGAAGUUUCUUUGCUUCAUGAAAGGACGUUUCGAUAACCUUUUUGGCAAAAUGGAGCAGCUGCUUUUGCAGUCGGUUUUGUGUAUUCCCCCAAACAUCCUGCUUCCUGAAGAUAAGUGUCAGGAGACGCAUCCUUUCAGUGAAGAGAAAUUCCAGCUCCUCAAAAAGGAAAUCGAAGAGUUACAGGAGAAGUAUAAGGUCGAAUUAUGCACUGAACAGGCCCUUCUUGCAGAAUUAGAGGAGCAAAAAACUGUUAAAGCUAAACUCAAAGAGACUUUGACUUUCUUCGAUGAGCUUGAAAACAUUGGCAGAGAUCACGGAACUAGUAACUUUAGGGAGAGUUUGGUGUCCCUGGUCCAGAACUGUAGAAAACUCCAGAACAUUAGAGACAAUGUAGAAAAACAAAGCAAAAGACUGGAAACACGGUAAUUUCUCAGUAGUGAAAAGAGAGAGCAUGUAAAUAAGCAGCUUUUCUUUCAUUACUCUUAGGUUUAAAGUCUUUUGGGGCUACUUACUUCCCCUCCUUUCCCAGGUUCCACAAAGUGGAUCUUCUAGAACUGCACGUUCUGGUUCAGACUUCUAAAGCAGAGUUUGUAUUCAUCUGCUUUCCCCCUUCUGACAUUUGGGUUGACCAGCCUUGUUCUGGUAACACCUUUAGUUCUUCUUUCGGGAUUGUACCCAGUCAGCUGUUAGGGGUGCUUUAGUAUGGGUUCAGGAGGCAGUGGAAUCCUGUGUGAGUCAGGCUAUAUAUUCAUUCAUUGAAUGUUGGAGUGCAGCCAUGAGGUACGUCAGGGACUAAUAAAGCAGAAAGGCUGGGCUGAGGACAUAGCUCUGUGGUAGAGUAUGCUCAGCGUGUGGGUGUCUCGGGGUUUAACAUGCCCUACUCUGGAGAGAAGAAAAGGAGGGGGAAGAACAAAAAGAAAAAAAAAAGGGGAACGGUGUGGCAGACGGGGUCAGGGAUAUGGGGUGAAGUAUAAGACAGGCAGGGGCUGAUGAUAUGAGUCAGCAGGUAAAAGGACUUGUAGUACAAGCCUGGUGACCCCAGUUGGAUCCCCAGAAUCCAUGUAAAGGUGGAAAGAAAAGCUUGACUCCACAAAAUUGUACUCUGACUUCUAAAGGUACACUGGUAUGUGCACCCCUCAUUCCCCACAUUGUGUGUGCAUACACACAUAUACACAUACAAUAAUAAUUUUGUUUUAAGAGAUAA